AAUGCAAAAUUUUGUCUCUUUUGUGUGUUUUUUUACCUUUUCUCACGAUUUAAGGGGUAUAUCACAGCGCAGUAAAGGGUUUACUUAGGAUUGUCGCCUUUUUAUGCUUAAUUAGUGUUUAUAGUAACUCCUAAUUUAAUUAGGGUUCAUGGUUUAUACAAAUUAAACUGUGGAGAUUGCUGGCCUAAAGUAGAGUAACUCUUCGCCUAUUGGUGGCUUAUUUAUUAAAUUGUUGAUUGUGGUUAAGUUAUUUAACUAAUUGCAACUCGCUUAAUUUAUUUUGCAGUGAAACAUUUUCCUUAUAUAUACACCAUGGGGGAUGCAUUUCUAGGAUGGAAUAACAUAUAAUUUAUUUGGGAGGAAGUUUAGUAGAAAGACAUGGUUUUGAAUAAGAUAGAUUUGGGUAUCUUGACCUUGAAAAUGAAGUACAAAAGUUGGGCUAUGUGUAUUGGGAUAAUUUAUUCUUUAAACUCCCAUGAUUUGAUGUUUAUCAUAGCUUAAAAGAUGACAAUGAUGUAAUGCAGAUGCUUACACAUUUAAGUCUUAAGUGUAGGAUUCUAUCUAUAUACGUGGAUUGUGGUGUGAAUGUUGGAGAUGCUAAAUCUAUAGACAAAUCCAUCAAUCCUAUACAUGGUUGUCCAGACUUGAGCUAUUUGACAACAUUGAACUUUGAAAAAGAAGUUUAUUCAUCUUCAACUGAAGAUGAAUAUGCUAAUGUAAAACCAAGGAGAAAGAGGGUAGUUUAUGAUAAAAAAUGUGACCACAAGAGGUUACACAUCACACUUGGUAUGAGAUUUGAGGAUGGCUAUCAGGCUAAAGAGGCAUUGACUACAGUUGCAAUAGAGAAUGGAUGGCCUCUUCAUUUUAGUAGGGUAUGUAAAACUCGAAUGGAAGCUAACUGCACUCCUCCUUGUAAGUGGAGAUGCUAUGGUAGUGCUGUGAAAAGGGUCUGAUGUAUUUAUGAUUAGGACUCUUACGGGAGAACAUGUGUGUCCUAGAUCAAUGAACAAUAAACUAGCUACAUCAAAGUGGAUAGCAAAGCAGUAUCUCAUAGACUGCAUUUUGUGAUCAUAUUUUCUUGUGUUUAGAAAGUCAAAUUUAAGUGGAUGUAGUUCAUUUUGAUGUAAAGCAAACAAUGGCUCUAAUUUGUGCAGAUUAAAGACUGCAUUCUUUUGUGAUCAUAUUUUCUUGUGUUUAGAAGGUUGUGCAGAUUAUAGACUGCAUUUUGAUGUGAAGCAAACAAUGGCUCUGUGUUGUGCAUAUUAAAGACUGCAUUCUUUUGGCAGUAAUUGUGUUUA